AUCUUGUUCAAUAUGAACGCAUCACACCACAGGUGUACACAAUACGGCUCCUGAAAGGGAUACUGAUACUCAAGCCUCUUUGAUGAAAGGGAUUUUCCCGCCAUUUUCACCUGAGAAGGCAACCAGUCACACUGUCGUCUGCGGAGUUUUGAACUCCUCGUUGUUCUGUCUGCCAUGGCGUACGUGGUUUAUCCUAGGGAUUCCCGCCCGUUUAGCUUUCUCCACCCGGUGUUGCAGGGGUCCCGUCUACACCCUACAGUCGCGGAGUUUCUACAACUAGACAAGGAACAGAUCGUAUCCAGAUACUGCGCCACGCACAAAGACAUCAGUCCUGACGCUGUACGGGAGGUUCUGUCGUACCAGCCGGAACACUUCCGCUGGGCCGGGGCGGACCUCUUCCCGUGUGUGACCGCUGCCGGGCGGCGCGAGAUGGUGGUCCUGGAGGUCAACUCGUGUCCCUGCGGACAGAAGUACAUGCCGCACGGCGGUACGGGGAUGGACAGUGGCUACCACAAACUCAUGGGCGAGACCUUCCGUGACGUCAUUGGCGGGAAAUGUGAUGCGGCCCUCCGUGAUGCUCCAAUCGCGCUCGUGCACGACGACAGCGUGUUUGAGAACGGCGGGUACAAGUUGGCGCUGGCCGACCUGACGCAGGAGCCCGUGUUCGUCGUGGAGAGUCGCAUCGACCAACCCCCGGAGAAGCAGACCAUGCGCUGGACGGACGGGGUCAUGGAAGUCAAGGACGAGGAAGGUCAGUGGCACGCCAUCAGAGCGGCGUUCCGUUACGUCACACAGAAACCGUGGACGCGCAUCCCUCUCACCACCAAGACGGUUCUCCUCAACCCCAUCUCCUGCUGUCUGGCCGGCGCUAGGAACAAGCUCAUGGCGGCAAGGGCGUACGAGGAGUUCAACAAGCAUCAGGAGAGGAGCGGCCUGUGCAUCCGCACGCCACGCACGUUCAUAGGCGUCACCAAGGAGCAGCUCCCGGCAGUGGUGAAAACUGUCGGCGGGAAAGCCGUCAUCAAGAAUCCCUUCAGCAACUCUGGCCACGGCAUCUACACGGUGACGUCACAGAAGGAGCUAGACGAGGUGUUGGCACAGGACCUUGGGUACGAGAGGUUCAUCGUCCAGAGCCUGAUCGGGCACGAGAACUGGUCGACUUCCCAGUGGCACCACGCUGGAACCGUACCGGACAAGGACGGCAACAGGUACGUCUUCGACAUGCGGCUGAUGGUCCAUGCGACACCUAGCGGAUUCAGGCCGACUUGCUCGUUCAGCAGGCGAGCGGAUCGACCUUUACCAGACCAAGUGGAUGACGUCACCGCACCUUCGUGGAACUACCUCGGCACGAAUCUGUCUCUAGACGACAGCCUAACCGCUUGGGAAGCCGACGCUGACCGACAAUCCGACGUAGACAAGCUCCUAACCGUGGAUUGGGAAGAUUUCGAUAAACAGGGUCUCGGGCUGGACGAGCUGGUGGACGGCUUCGUCCAGACUGUCAUGGCGACGACGGCGAUCGACAAGAUGUGUCGCAGCCUGACCCGACCGGACGGGUCGUUUGAUCUGGAGAAGUUUGACAAGCUGGCUGACGACAAGAAGAUCCUGUCAGAAAUCCAGGAGUGUCUCAAAAAUGAGGGAUGAACAGGACACUCCUUCACCUCGAACUGUUCGAUAUACCGCAUAAGCACUUAUGAGUACGCAUGUGCAGCGAUAGGAAUUAUGUAAGGGUGAUAUGUCAAAGGAUAUAAGGCCCCUUAGACAUAAAAAAGCACGUCUGGACAUCGUUAUGCAAAUUGAGACAAUAUUCGAGACGAGAACUGUUUACAUGUCAGGGGCUUUCACCUUUGACAUAUUACCCACAAUUCCUGUCACUGCACAUGCGUACUCGGAAGUGUGAAAGAGCCUAUCAAAUCUUUAGUUUCAGGCAAUAGGCUAUCCCAUUUUGAGAUUGCCAUGAUUUCAGGACUUGGCAUUGUGCUAUUAACAGAGCAUGGCUUUGAUUAGCGUGUGAUUUUAAAAAACUUUUGUGUUGCAAUGGUUGUAUUAGUUUUCGUCUCAACAUUGACACGUCUUUGCUCAGGAAUACUCCCAAAAUGCAAUAGAUUUCAAGAAGUGCAUUGCGAAGAUGUUGGAUGUGGACAUCCUAACUAAGGCUUGCAUAUUAACCCUCUGGGGCAGAAUAUAUAACAAAAGCACAGUAUAUCUUGUGCUAUAAUAGCACGUAUAUUUCCAUAUUCACAAUUCAUCUGUUGAAGAUGAGAUGAGAUACGAUACCAUUUGCAAUUUAGUCCAUGUUGAUUUUAUCAUAUUGAUGACUUCCACUGUCUGGGAACCUCAAAAUCGAUACGAGUGUGCAAAAAAAA